AUGUCCCGCCCCAGUAGCCCUGACCCUGACGGCCUAAAGGCGCUCGCCGAAGCGCCGUCGCUCGCUGAAUGCAUUGGCUACAACGACAUUUGGGCUCGCCCGCUGCAGGUCCAAGGCCUCCUCCACAGCAUGAUGAUGGCUCGCGCCGGAAGCUCCGCCACAGCUCUCCAGUACGAAGACGCUGGAAGUCAGGCAGCUGGUCUCGUUGCUACCGGUAAUGUGCUGGCGAACAGCAGCUUGUCUGGCGCAGACAACAUGGCUACAUCUCAGCCUACCGGUGGUGCUUCUAGCACGCCGACGGUGUCCGCGGCCGGCAGCGGUGCAGACAACGCCGUCACCAGUGGAAGCAAGGCUAAACAGAAGGACAAGCGAUCGUCAAGCACAGCGAGCAAGAAACGAACGGCACUCACGGCUGACAAGAAGCCUAACACAGCGCUCGAAUGGACCAACGUGAUGGUGCACGACUUGAUGUCGCUGCGCUACGAAGCGCACGCCGCCCGCUUUAGCAAAGCCAAAAACAACGCAGCCUUGAAGGAAGCGUGGCUGCUGCUAGCUACUGAGCUGAGUACCAACCAAGGCAUGGCCAUAUCGUCUGAGCAAUGCAAGAACAGAGUUUUUGAUCGCGCGUGUUACGACGUUGCACCUCGCCCACCUCCUCUUCAGUUUCGUCUUCGGCAUUUACUAAACCUACGGAAACGGGAGCGGUGUCUUGAAAGUUGA